AUAUUUAUGAUCUCUAAUAUUCUAUUUAAUUAGAAAACAAUAAGUUGAAAAAUCUACUGAAAUUUUUUAAAUGUUCAUUUAGGUGCAAAAAUAUAGGUUAAAUAGAAAUCAUUAGAAAAGUCGACAAUCUUAAACGCCACUUCGAACGAAUGUAAAGGCUUUUUAGUUGUAGAAGGACAGUAUACUCUAAGAGACGACAUUAUACUUGAUACUAGCGCACCAAAUUUGACCGGUGGGACGUUAGUUUCUGUAGUUUCGGUUAAAUACAAAGAAUACCCAACUCAGCCAAUUUCAUCCAAUGGAGAAAAUACUGUUGCUACAGUUGAUCGCGUUGGUGAACAAAUUGCUAAUAAUCGAUCUUCUGGUACAGAAAACACACUAGUGGUUGAUAUGGACGAUUCUUUAGAUUUAGAAAAGUUACAAUCACAUUCUGAACCUUUAUCACCAACUGUGGAAAGUAUUGGAUUUACUUUCACAAACCAAUUAUCACCGAUGUUAAAAUCUCCCUUGAAUAGCUUGAAUAGUAAUGGAUCAAUUCCAACAUCAAUCGAGGGAAAGAAGGAGGAUGAUAUGUUUUCAUUUUUCAAUCCUGUGAAGCGAAAAAAAGCAAGGAGUAAUAUUACCAAGACGACAUCAUCAUUUGUGGCAAAAAUUAUUCAGAAUGAUAAUUUAACAAAGAUAUUAGCGAAUCGACAGAAUGAAGAUACAUAUUUAUUUUUUAACUCGGGACGGACAUUUUGCUGGACUGAUUUGACAAAGCCAAAGGAACCUUUGUCUCGGGUAAUCUUUACCAAGGCACAUCCAAUAUGUCAUGAUGUGAAUCAGCUUACCCGCUCUUGUGACCAUUUGGAUGUUAUUAUCGGAUUUUCAUCUGGUGACAUUAUUUGGUUCGAUCCGCUAUGUAAUAAAUAUGAUCGACUUAACAAGCAGGGAGUAAUAAAUAAUUCAUCUGUUACUAUGGUUAGAUGGAUGCCAGGAUCUGAAAAUCUCUUUAUGGCAUCUUAUUCAGAUGGAUCGAUAAUUAUAUAUGAUAAAGAAAAAGAUGAUCAAUCAUUUACUGCAUCUACAGGAAAUGAAGAAGAAAGAUUCCGUGUAUCACGACCAUCUAAAAAUGCUAAGCAUAAUCCUGUAUCACAUUGGCAAGUUUCGAAGAAAUCCGUAACAGCGUUUGCAUUUUCUCCUGAUUGUCAACAUGUUGCAAUUGUGUCCGUGGAUGGCUGUCUACGAAUAAUAGAUUUUGUACAAGAAACUUUAUACGAUACAUACAGUAGUUACUUUGGUGGGCUCUUGUGUGUAUGUUGGAGUCCUGAUGGUAGGUAUGUAUUGACAGGCGGUCAGGAUGACCUGGUUACCAUAUGGGCUUUUCGAGAACAACGUAUUGUAGCACGAUGUCAAGGACAUCAGUCCUGGGUAACUGGGGUGUCUUUUGACCCCUGGAGAUGUGACGAACGUAAUUAUCGCUUUGGUUCAGUAGGAGAGGACACAAAAUUAUUAUUGUGGGAUUUCAGUGUGAGCGCGUUACACAAGCCUAAGAGCCCGGGUAGUCACCGUAGGGCUAGUUUAGCAUCGCAAUCACAUGCAACUACAGUCGCGUUAAGGCGAAAUAUAGUUGAACAUGAGCUUACAAAAAACACGGUUCAUCCAUGUUUACCCAGAUCAGAAGUGGCUAUUUUACAACCAGUUAUGGCAAAGUCAAUUGAUUCUGAUCCAUUAUGUUCAAUAACAUUUCGUGAAGAUUCCAUCAUAACAACCUGCCGAAAGGGACAUAUUAAAUUUUGGAUAAGACCCUCUUAAAAAAACAUUACAUUUAAGUAUAUCAAGGUAAAGAAAAUUUGAUUUGAUGACAUUUAUGAAUAUCUCUUGAAGUGUAUUGUAGUGGUUGAGGUUUCAAGGUGUGUUUAUUAUAUUUUUCUUACUUCACUAUCAAUUAUACUUAUUUAAUUUUAUAAUUUGUCUUUAGAUUUAAUAUGAUUAUUAUUUUA